UAAAGGAACAGAGACUCUCUCCCAACUAGUUUAUAAAUCUUAAAACAAAAACUAACGUGUGCAGCCAUUAUAGAAUACUUAUAGAUGAUGAUAUUGAUUGUACUUUAUUAUAUAUCUUUCUUUCUAUCUGAAGAUUAUUCUAAUGUUUGCAUUGAUCUGCACCUUCUUCCUUCAAUAAAAUAAUGCCUCCAUGAUGAGUGAUCACCCCCCAAAAGAAUACAAAAACUAAUCUAUUAACGACUUAACAAUUCCAAUUUUCAAACCAUAGACAUCGAAUCCAGGUAUAAAACUCUGAUAGCAUAGAGAAAUAGAAUGAUUUAAUACGUUUCUCUAUGCAUGAAAUGUUAUUCCUAUGACUAUAAAGCUAUUAAAAAUAGAGCAGAAACGGAGCAUAUGAAGGUGAUGGAGAGAGUCGGGAGAGAAGCGAGAAGGUCAAGCAUGGCAGCUGCUGCAACUGAUGGACUUUCCGGCCGCAGUGAGAUAGUGAGUAACAAGCGUAGGAGAGGAGAGGAGAGCCCGGGAAGCAUGGAUGAGGAAGAUUGCAAGGUGGAGGUGGAAGACAAUAUGGUGCUUUCUCAGAUGUCGUCAUCAUCAUCGGCUCGCCGGAGAAACCAUAUGGUGGUGAAAGUCUCGAAGCAAGAUCAGCCGUUGAAGUUGAUCGGCGUUCAAGUUCCGAGGAAGGCUCGUUCAGCUUCAGGAAAACGGUCGCGUGAAAAUAGUUCUUCAGGAAAUGAUGGGGUUGGGAAAGAUCAGAAUCUGCAGAAACUGAGCGAAGAACCGAGGAAGAAGAUGAAACCAACUGGAGUCAAGAAUCGACCUCCAAAAUCGUUGAAAUCGUCUUCUAGGACUGUAGAGGAGGAAAUUGAGAUUGAGAUCGCCGAAGUUCUUUUCGGGUUGAUGAAGCAAUCUCAGAGCUCUAGGGAUAGUGAUAGUGUUGAAAGCUCUCCGUCAAACCGGGAAGAUAAAGAUAGAUAUGGCAUUAGAAACGAUUCUAAGACUUCAAUCUCAGAACAGGAAAACAGCCAUGUCUCUGAUCCCGAGCUCAAACAUGUCUCCAAGGAGAACAAUUCUAAUGCAGAAGCAGUUGAGAAGCCAAACAUGGAAACUUCUUUGCCGAAUUGGGAGCCAAAAUCUGAAGAUGUAUCCGGGUCAGUAGAGUUGCAGAAGGAGGAAGCCAAGCCAUUAGAGGUACCGGAGCUUAAAAGCAAGAGAGAGGACAAGUUUGAAUUUGAUCUCAUGGCUCCUCCUCCUAUGGAGGAUUCAGCAUCUGAUAAACUUGUGGCGGAAGCUGUGCUUGAAACACAGCAAGACAAGAAGAUAGAGGUAAUCACGGAAAAGAUAAAUGAGAAUCCAAACCGAGAUAGUGGCACUAAAUUACAACAGCAACCUAAGACUAUCAUUCCUAAACUGGAGAGAACUGACUGGCGAAGCGGUCUUUCAGCCACCACAUUACAGCCCGGGAAUUCAUCUCUGUCUCAAUCAUGUGCUAAGACUAGAUGUGCAACUCACCAUUACAUCGCUCGCAACAUAUACUUGCACCAGAAGGUUACAAAUAUGAACAAUCUCUGGCCAGCAGCAGGUGGUUCUGCUCCUCUAUGUGGCACCAAGCCAGACAUAGUUGUUGGAAACCCAAGUCUAGGAAGCGUCUCAGGUCAGAGUGCAAAAGAAUCAAAAGAUCAGAUUUCUGAGGCUGCAUUCAUAGAAUCAACAAGAAGCAAGAAGCUUGUGGCUCAACAAUCUCCAUCACAGCCGGCCUCUGCUGGUAAUCUAAUGCAUGGACCUACUUUCAAAUUCUCUGUGGGACAAAAUCAAGCAUCAGUUGCAGCAACCAGUAAUCCAUCUGGUCCUUUGAAAUAUACAGAAUUGACAAACAAUGCAUCACAUUUUAGUCAUUCAGCAUUGUCAACAAUAGCUGCAGCAAACCUCAGUAGCCCGAAUAUGACAUUCCAAGAAGGUCCGUACUUAGCAAUUAAUGGGUAUUCAUUCCCCAUUUCAACUCCUUCAGGAACAACACUGGCAUUUCAAGGAGGAAACUCUACUCAGGCAGUGCCUUCAUAUAAUGGUCCUUUCUAUUCAAAUCAAAUGUUUCACCCUUCUCAGCUUCAUCAGCAACAGUCUCACUCGCAGUUGCAGCAUCAAGUCCGAUCAAUCCAUCAAAAGAACACUGGAAUUUCAACCGAUUCAUCGUUGUUUCACAGGCAACUAGAGUCUCAGCAACCGCAGAAAACACAAUUUAGCAGUAUGAAAUCACAGCAGUCACAAAAACAGUAUGUGCCACAAUCCCUUCAGCCUUGCAAGCCUGAGGGUGACAUCAAUGGGGGGAAUACUGCAUCUUCUCAGACGCAACGUAGUGUUUAUGGUUAUGGGCAGAAUUUUGCAGUGCCACUUCAACCCAUGAACUUUACCAUGAUGCCCUAUGUAACAUUGAGUGGUGGUGGCAGUGGAAAUCACAUUGAGCAAUCACAACAACAGGACUUAAAGGGUGUCUUUGGCAUGUCAUUUGCCUCCAUCAGUGGAAAUAAGGGUACAGGUAAACUCCUGAACUUUUCAUCCAUGUCACAAAGUCCAGCAAUGUAUCAAACCCUUCCAGCAACCCAAGGUGCACACCAAAACCAUCAUCAUCAUGUAUCUGAAAGGAAGACUGGAAGCGUUUCCGACAAUCCUGAUCAUGAUGGGUCUAAAGCUGUUACUGGGAGGUCAACAGUGCAGACCCUUGUUUUUGAUAAUUCAGCAACAAAUCUCAACUUCACAACCUCGAAUUCUCAUCAACAGCACCUCUACCAGUUUCAGCUUCAGCAGCAGCAACCUGCUAUGGCAGCUAAGAGUAAAGCACCAAAGAGCGCUCCUGUCUUCUCACAAGCUCUAGUACAGUGCAAUUCUUCUGUCCAAUCUCCUAACAACUCCGGAAGAUCAUUGACUUCCCAAAUUCCGAUUACAACUUCAGCAGUCAAUAGUUUUCUUCAACAACAAGGAAGAGCUUCACAAGGUCAGACUCUUCUAUCUUUUGGAGGAAGCCCUAAAUCGUCCUUAGCAGUACCACAAGGUCAAGUCACUAACCCUAGUUUGCUGACGACUUGACAACAAGGGUUUUGUCAAGUAAAUUGGCAGCUAGUGCAGAAGUGAGUACAAAGUGGACGACCAAACGACAAAGGGGGUUAGGCUUACAUUUUGUCAAUUUAUGAACUAGUGGAGGCUGUUCAAAACUUCUGGGUGGUUCAUAGGGGGGUCUAAUUUAGAUUUGAUUGGUCUAAUCUGAUCGUGAUGUGU